UUGCUGUCAAUAGCCACAAACAAAAAAAGAUGACACGGAAUUGCGGAAGUAAACAACAUACUUCCAAAGAACAUUUAACAUUUUCUCUGGGUGCGUUGAUUAAAGUUGGCCAGAAAUGUUUAGAGAAAAAAGUAAAUGCAAAGACGAAACUUGAAACGCCUGAAGUUUAUAUUGGGUUUCAUGUUUGCACAAUGGGUUUGAUGUAAAAAUUUGAUAGUGGCAAGUAGCUCAGGCGAUCAAACAUUCCUCAGAGAGGCCGUGAUUGUGUUAGUGUCGUUAUGGAAAAGUUGCAAAAGCUGUUAUGCUGCUAUGCUGAUCCCCUCAAUAACAAGAUUGAUAUGGAACCAAAGGGUACCACAUGGCGAAUAUUCUCAUUGAAGGAGUUGUUUGAAGCUACAAACAAUUUCGAUCCCGAUAACAAGCUUGGGGAAGGUGGCUUUGGCAGUGUUUAUCAUGGACUACUAUCAGAUGGAUCACAAAUCGCCGUCAAACGAUUAAAGGUUUUAACUUCAAAAACCGAAAUGGAGUUUGCAGUGGAAGUUGAGAUUCUUGGUCGAGUAAAACACAAAAAUCUGUUGAGCUUACGUGGAUAUUGUGCUGAGGGUCAGGAACGUCUUAUCAUUUACGAUUACAUGCCCAAAUCCAGUUUGCUUGCACAUUUACAUGGCGAAUAUGCUAGACGUUCUCCUCUUGAUUGGCCUAAAAGAAUGAAUAUAGCAAUUGGCUCUGCAGAAGGCCUGGCGUACCUUCACAAUCAUGUCAAACCUCAUAUAAUUCACAGAGAUGUUAAAUCAAGCAAUAUACUGUUGGACUCAGAUUUCCAAGCUCAAGUUGCAGAUUUUGGUUUUGCUAGACUUAUACCAGAUGGUGCAACCCAUAUAACUACACGAGUUAAAGGAACACUAGGUUAUCUUGCACCUGAGUAUGCCAUGUGGGGGAAGGCUUCUAAAAGUUGUGACUUGUACAGUUUUGGAAUCUUCUUGCUGGAACUUGUUAGUGGAAAGAAACCCAUAGAAACAUCGGGAUCUGCUACAAUGUGCUCUCUAGCUAAUUGGGCACCAUCAUUGGUUUGCCAGGGAAGAUAUAGUGAACUAGCAGAUCCAAAGCUGCAUGGUAGAUAUAAUUUAGAGGAAUUAAGGCGAGUUAUUCAUGCUGCAACAGCUUGUACUCAAACUGCUCCUGCGAAAAGGCCAACAAUGAGUCAACUAGUUAACUUCCUUAAGGGGGACUCUAAAAACAUAUCAAUGGACAGUAAACAGGAAGAAAACGUGAAGUUGGAUGCUAUUCCUAUCAAUUAUGAACAGGAAGCCCACAAUAAUUCUGGGUCAAAUUCAGCAAGAGCCUCGAUUCCGGACUUACCAGAAUGCAAGAUUUGAAGUUAUUUGAAGUUAGACACUCGUACAAAAAUAACAAGAGGAUGAUUAUGCUUCAGAGGAUUCUUGUUUGGCUGUAACAUAAGUAUAUUGUAAGGCUCUAUUGAGUUUUAACAAAAUGAGAAGUGCAGUAGAUAUUAAAUAGUAAGGAGAAUUCAAUCUCACAUUUUUCAUUCUACACUUA